AUGUUGUGUUGUUGUUCGGACAAAGAGGACUACGGCAAGGGUCCGAUGGCUGCAAUAAGAAAAAAAUUAGUGAUCGUCGGCGACGGAGCCUGCGGUAAAACGUGUCUUCUAAUAGUAUUUAGUAAAGAUCAAUUCCCGGAAGUGUACGUGCCCACCGUAUUCGAAAAUUAUGUGGCGGACAUCGAGGUGGAUGGUAAGCAAGUGGAACUCGCCUUAUGGGAUACCGCAGGCCAAGAAGACUACGAUCGCCUGCGUCCCCUUUCAUAUCCAGACACCGACGUGAUUUUAAUGUGUUUCUCGGUCGAUUCGCCGGAUUCCUUAGAAAACAUCCCGGAAAAGUGGACGCCGGAGGUAAAACAUUUUUGUCCGAAUGUGCCAAUUAUCCUGGUAGGCAAUAAAAAGGAUCUGCGUAACGAUCCGACUACCAUUAAUGAACUUAAAAAAAUGAAGCAAGAGCCUGUCAAGCCGCAAGACGGUCGAUCUAUGGCUGAAAAAAUAAACGCCUUUGCGUAUUUAGAAUGUUCGGCUAAAAGUAAGGAGGGCGUCAGAGAAGUAUUCGAGAAUGCCACCCGUGCUGCACUGCAAGUCAAAAAGAAGAAGAAGCAUCGUUGCGUAAUGUUUUGA